UUCUUUCUUCUCUAAGUUCUUACCUCAGUGGUGCAAUAUUGCACUUAGGUGCCAAAAACCAUUCAAGAUUUGGGGAAGUAACUCGGAGAGUUUACUCCAUUGUUUGCCACCAAGACUACGGCGCUUUUUAUUUAAAUUGUGCUGAGAACGACAUCUGUCUUCUAAAGAUGUCAGCUCCUGUCAACUUGACAGACUACAUCCAACCGGUCUGCUUGGCCUCAGAAGAAAGCACUUUCUAUGAUGGAACUGCCAGCUGGGUCACUAGUUUUGGUGAAGGCUAUGAAGAUUAUGAUCCAGAAUUGAUCCAAGAGAUUAAUGCAUCAGUAUUUGGGAACAAUAAAUGCAGAUGCUUCUAUAAGAACUCGGACUUCUUACCUUUAAUAACAGAGAAUACGAUAUGUGCUGAAACAGAAAAUGGAUCAAAGGAUGCAAACUAUGGUGACAAUGGGGCUCCUCUAGUGAACAAAAAAGGCUCCAACUGGGUCCAGAGUGGGAUUUCGAGUUAUUGGUAUGAUGAUGACCGUGGUCAACCUACUAUCUACACUCUUGUGUCAAAGUACCAGAAAUGGAUGAGUGACAGAGUCACUGGCAUGGAACCAGGCUUUGUGACCUUCACCUCCCCAGGCAAUGACACAAACUUGAACUUCACCUGUCCCACACCAGCACCUACCACUGAAUUCCCCUAUUCAACAGGCUACCCUUACUUUACCACUGAAAAAAGCAUAUUUAGCAGUGGUGAAGCUGUGGUUCCUACUGCCCAUGUUUUCUCUUACGUUCCUUGUCUGCUUCUCCAUCUCUUUGUUGGUGGCACCAAUAUUUAACUUAGAACUUUUAACUAUGCUGCACUUAAGUUUGUAAACUUGGAAGCUUUGGCCUUUCUUCAACAUCUCAGAUGGUUAAAAUUUGUUUUUUUGUGUGUUUUUUCUCUAA